AUGGCCUCAGCAGCAAAGAGCGCAUGCCGCACAGCAGCGCGCCAAUUGCGCAGCCACCAAUACACGCACAUCCACCCCAUCACACGACCAUUCAGCAGCACUCGCCGCAUCCUCGCCGAUGCCGACAAGAAAGAGGCCUCUUCUGCAGGUUACUUCAACCAAGCCUUCUACAACCGCCUCGACCGCGAUGACAAAGCCACAUACAACACCCUGACCCCUGAAGACCGCGAGAAAAUGGAANAAGUAGAGGCCGCCCUGCGCGACGAAUUCGCAAACGACAGCCGUACCCACCGCGAAUUGGAAGAGCAGACUGCAGCUGAGCUGGAGCAUUUGGAAAUGAUGUUCCCUGCUGGACCCGUGGAAAGAGCGCCCAGAAACCAGGGUUUCUUCCAGAUGGGUGAGAAGGAAGAUAUUGGUCCUGAUGAGGAUGAUUUCCAGGGAGACGACAUUUCGAGUUUGGGACAUGCCGAGCUGGAGCAGACGAGGGAGAUUAGAGAGUAUGCGCGUUUGGCUGGUUGGGAGAUGCCUUUGCUGGCGAGUACGUUUGGAUCCAUCUCUCGUUCAAACUGUAUACUGACAGGAGCGUUACAGNAUCUCACAAAACCCUACACACCACCUACAGCAGCCACACCCCUCCGCUUCCGCUACACAACCUACAUGGGUGAACAACACCCCGCCCAACGAAAAGUCGUCGUCGAAUUCGACCCCCAAGACCUCUCCCUCUCACCCGCCCACACCCAAAACCUGAUCAAGCUAGCCGGCGUCCGCUACAACCCCAACUCCAAACUCGUAAAGAUGAGCUGCGAAGACCACGAGACCCAAGCACAGAACAAGCGCUACCUGGGCGACACCAUCAAGGAAUUGAUCGCAAAGGCAAAGUCGCCAGAGAGCCAGUGGCUCAAGGAUGUGCCUGUGGACUUUAGACACGCCAAGCCCAAGAAGCGAUACCAGUUCCCUGAUGAGUGGCUGUUGACUGAAGAGAGAAAGAAGGAGUUGGAAGCUAGGAGAGAGGCUAGGCAAUUGGCCGAGCAGACAAAGAAGGACAGUCCGGCUGGUUUGAUUGAUGGUAUUAAGGAGAUUGAGGAGGCCAGGAAUAUCGACUUGGCUAGAGUCGAGGCUCCCAUGAUGGCAGAAGCCAAGAUGCCUAUGGCCAAGGGUAAGCAGGGCAAGAAGGAGAUGAGACAAGGAAGAGCAUAG